UUUUUCAUCCAUUAUAUGAAUGUAAUAUGCCUUAUUUUGAGGUAAAAAACAAAACUCUCUAUCUUUAAUUUAAAAACGAGUGUGUUUCAAAAGCCAAACACAAGUAUUGGGAUGUCAAGUUGGAUUUCUUGAUUGAACCAACUUUGAAUGGUUUCUUUUUCCCCAAGCUUCCUUAGUUAACCUAAGGUUUUAGCAUUAAAGCCAGGGUUUAUAACGUGCUUUAAUUAAGCUAGGGCUUUGUGAGCAGACUAGAGUUUUGUGAAUCAGCAAUGGCGACUGUAGUGGUGGGUGGCAGAGGCUCAGCUCUCUCUGCAGAAACAAUUUACAACAUCGCUUACGGACUUAGCACUCUUCAAUUGGACUCGUCAGCACUGGAAAAGAUUUCACAAUCGUCUAGCAGAUCGUCAUUGUCUGUGGAUAAAAUUUCUCCACCAGGUGAAAAUGCAAGCGAAGAAAACGGACCAUCUUUGAGUAAAGUAGAAUCCAGAGCUGCGCUCGUAGUUCUUGCAAACAAGCUCUUACAAUCGCACGCGCGAAUGCGCUCCGUUAUUCCGAUCUUUAUCGAAUACGUUUUGAAGAAAGAUAUAGCACUUGAUUUGCCCGCUUCUUCGGACAAGGCCGUUGCGCGUGCUGUUGCGGGGGCAAUUUACUCCUUCGAUGGUGAUUUUUCGGCUUUUAGGGUUUCGAGAGAUGAUUUUUGGGUCUCAGCGGAGGAAAUGGAUGUCAUGGAGUCGUCGUUUGCGGCAACUGUUGGAAUUAGCGCGCUUAUUGUCUAUUCUUCCUCGGCUUUGGCCGUCGUUGCAGAUGCCGUCGCAGGUUUGUCUUGUGAGGCUAUGCAGAUCAACUCACAGGCCUUCGAUUUAGAGCCUUCAAGUGAAGGUUUUUCUAACAAGUUGGAAACUGACGUUGCCUGUGAUAUGCGGACACUCUUGUUCGGGUCUAGACUUGUGAGCCCUAAGAAUUUAGGGUUUGAUGGUGAUUCAGCAUUUUUUUCCAUUCCUUUUGUGCAUGGAUGCUUUCGAGAGGAUAUUAAAUUGGCACAGAACAAGAUCAGGAUUGAAGCUAACAGCAUGGUUUUUGGCAACAGUCCAUCUAGAUCCAAGCAGAAUACAGGUGACACAAUGCAGCUUCAAGCAUUAAAGAAGGUGAUAUUGUCCAUUGCCAUGUCUUUGCAGGCGAUUGGCAAAAAUAGUUUCAGGAGGGCAGAGUGUAAUAUGCAAGUCUAUAACAGUCUUGAAGCUGAUGUGAAAUUGAGUGAAAAGUCUUUCCAAAAUUGUCCAGGCACUGGCGAUUUGAAGGAGAGAGUGGAAUUGAUUUUCCGGAAAGCUGUUAUUGAAAAUGAUUCAAAUGGGGUAUUUGUCACAAGCCAGGUUUAUGGAUUGUUGCAGGAGUCCAGAGCAGUUCUGGCUCUGGAGGCAUCUUGUGCUCUUUCCUUGCUUGGUCUGCGAGAAAAACUUGUUGCUAUUGGUACAUCCAAACAGAAACCUCCAGGUGAGAAAGAGAACACUAAUGAUGGCUUUAGUGCAGUGGAAAAUAGCUUGAAGCCUCAAGAAAACAAAGGGAAGCAAAGAGGUGAGAAGAAGAAAAAAGGAAAUCAGGACAUUGUUAUGGGGAAGGGAACUGGUAUGGUGAGACAGCUCGUUAUUCAAAUUGUGCAAAGGAGAAUCUUGGGAGAGAAUACUCAUAUUAAUGUGUCACCUGAAACAUGGGCUCAGGAGCUAGAAUCAUAUUUUGAUCCGAAGGACCCAGAAUUUCAGAUGUUGUUGGAAACCAUGAAGACUAUUUUAGAAAGUAAUGAAAUCAGAAGGCUCCCAAAAAUCCCCAAGGGCACUCGAGAUUUUAAGCCUGAACAAAUGGCUAUCAGGGAGAAAGCAUUUGGCAUAAUUGCAGGGGUUUUCAAGCGUCAUGGUGCUGUGGCCAUUGACACGCCUGUUUUUGAGUUGAGAGAGACAUUGAUGGGGAAGUAUGGCGAAGAUUCCAAAUUGAUUUAUGACCUUGCUGAUCAGGGUGGUGAAAUAUGCUCUUUGAGAUAUGAUUUGACUGUUCCUUUUGCACGAUAUUUGGCAAUGUAUAGCAUCAGCAAUUUGAAAAGAUAUCAUAUAGCAAGAGUCUAUAGGAGGGACAACCCUUCAAAGGGUCGUUAUCGUGAAUUCUAUCAGUGUGAUUUUGAUAUUGCUGGACAGUAUGCAUCAAUGGUACCUGACUUUGAAGUGAUCAAGGUUUUGACUGAGCUGCUUGAUGAACUUGACAUAGGUGACUAUGAGGUGAAAUUGAAUCAUCGGAAGUUGUUAGAUGGAAUGCUUGAGAUAUGUGGUGUACCUAAGGAAAAAUUUAGAACAAUAUGCUCUGCUAUUGAUAAGCUGGAUAAGCAGGCAUGGGAGCAAGUUCGAAAAGAAAUGGUGGAAGAGAAAGGAUUAACUCCAGAAACUGCUGACAGCAUUGGAUCUUUUGUAUUAAAAAAGGGAAGGCCAUUGGAAAUGCUUGCAAAACUUAAACAGAAAGACAGCCCUUUUCUGAAGCAUGAUAGCUCUGUACUAGCAUUACAGGAGUUGGAAACAUUAUUCAAUUAUCUGAAUCAGUCAAAUUGUCUGGACAAGAUAUCAUUUGAUCUUAGCCUUGCUAGAGGUCUCGAUUACUACACUGGAGUGAUAUAUGAAGCUGUUUUCAAGGGCACAACGCAGGUGGGUUCGAUUGCAGCUGGAGGACGCUAUGACAAUCUUGUUGGAAUGUUCAGUGGCAAGCAAGUUCCUGCAGUGGGUGUGAGUCUAGGGAUUGAGAGAGUGUUUACAAUAAUGGAGCAGCAAGAGCAGGAACUCAAGAAGGCAAGCCGUGCAACACAAACAGAGGUUUUGGCAGUGGUUUUAGGAGAUGAUAUGGGAGUGGCUAUCAAACUUGUGAGUGAGCUCUGGGCUGGCAAACUGAAAGCAGAAUUUGCUCUGACAUCUAUAAAAAAGAUAAUGAAACAGAUACAAUAUGCAUUGGAGUCUGGCAUACCUUAUAUGUUGAUUAUGGGUGAGAAUGAACUUAAGAAUGGUCUCAUUCAGCUGAAAGAUAUAAGAGCUAAUCAACAAGAUGAGGUUCCAAGGGAUAAAAUUGUUGAGGAACUCAAGCAGAGAUUGAAUGGUUCAAAUCAGUCUGCUGUCCAAACUGUUGUACAAUGAAAAGGCACCUUUUUUUGUAUUUAGUUAGAGUUCCAAUUAGACAUUAUUAGAUGGGGUGGAUGCUAAAGAAUAUUGAGGAAGGAUUUAUUUAUAGCUGAGAAAAAUUACUCACCUGUCAAAUUUUGAGGUUCUUUUCUUCCAGAAUUUACUAUAAUUGCAUGCAGUUGCCAUUCGGGCAGAAUGAUUGUUUACAUCUGGACUAGCCAUAAGACUUGUCUAGGCUCUUUAAAGUUUGCUGCCUUCCAAAGUUCAA